GAAUUGGCGAAGGUCUCCACUCUCGCUCUCCGCACACUCUCGCUCUCGUCCCGUCGGUAAUCUCCACUGGCUCUGGUACUGCGUCAUUCCAUAUCAUGGAUGUGUGUGACCGACUGCUCCUUUGGAUGGUGUGCAUUGGGUUGCUUUCCUUCGUUCUCAUCCCCGCCGUGACCGAGAAUGCGACCCGCAUAGUCAAGGCCGCUGGUGCAGCUUUCAAGCCUCCGCCACCUCCUCGUGCUGCCAAGGAUGACGCCAAGGUCUGGGCUGUCAUCGAGCUGCUGACACGGACGAUGGAGAUCAUCGUGGCAAAGGAGAUGGAGGGGACGCCGGCCGCGGCUGAGCUGGCUGACAAGUUGUCCGUGGUGAGUCAUCUGGCGGAGGAGCACGGCAGCAAGGGUGGUGCUGCGGGUGGUGGUGAUGGCAAGCUCCGAGGAGGGCAUGGAGGCGCCGGGACAGCUGCUGAUGGGGAGCCACUGCCACGCACGACGACACUCAAGCCACUCAAGCCAUAGCUGGUUGCUGUGUGCGGGAGGGCUGGGACUGGUUUAUGGGUGUUGGUGUGUCUUUGUAUGAUACACACUGCACUGCCCUCACUGGAGACUGUGCGUUUUCUGUCGAUUUUGUGCGAGGAGCUUUGUUAUGUCGUCGGUUCGGUUCGGUGCGCUCUGAGUAGGUCUUCCUGGUCUGUCUGUUGGGGUGACAUCACGGUGAUGUGUGUGUGUGUGUGUGUGUUGUGUGGAGAGAUCAACCAACGAUUGGACAUGACAAUGACAAUGCAUUCAUUAAGCUCGAUGAUCGAA